AUGUCUGCAAAUAAACUACCUUCUUCAGCUCAGGCGUUCCAAGAACAAGCCCGUAUUAGUUUUGUCUCUAGAAAGCUGCUUUUACACAACCCAUUUGACCACAACAGCCAAGGAGCCUUUGCGGUGGAACCAUCUCCUCACAUAACUGAUGAGAACAACCUGAGUGGGAAUGUCUUGAUGCUUCUCUCAGUUCUCAUCUGUGGAGUCAUUUGCUGCCUCGGGUUACAUUACAUCAUUCGUUGUGCAUUCAGACGUUCCUCAAGUUUCAUGAUCUCUGAGCCCGUCUCCAGUAUUCCAACACGACAUGGUUCAUCAAACAAAGGAAUCAAGAAGAAAGCUCUAAGUAUGUUCCCUGUCGUGAGCUACUCACAUGAGAUGAACCUGCCGGGGAUUGGCGAAGAAUGCGUCAUCUGUUUGUCUGAUUUUGUUUGCGGUGAAAAGCUUAGGUUGCUCCCUAAAUGCAACCAUGGUUUCCAUGUUCGUUGCAUUGACAAGUGGCUUAGACAACAUUUGACUUGUCCAAAAUGCAGACACUGUCUGGUUGAGACAUGCCAAAAGAUUUUAGGUGACUCUAGUCAAGUGACGGCAACAACACCAACAGAGAACGUAACCGUCAGGGUAGCUCCUCUAGAACCUGAAGGAAGAGCAAACACUUUCAGAGAAAGCAGUUAAAUGCCUAGAAUCUAUGAACUUAGAUAGGAGAUUUUAUCUCAAAGAUACUUCAAUUUUUAUGUUGUUUCUUUUUUGUCUGUAGCACAAAGUGUAUACCGAGAGAAUAUAUCACAUUUUUCAGCAGCAUCUCACUGAGUUCAUCAAACUUCUCUUUGCAGAAGUAUUUUUUUGGUGGAAGGUGAUUUAUGAAAUCAUAUCCAAAAACAUUAAGAAUCAUUCAUAACCAAAGAAUGAUAAGUAAAGUCCUAUAUUGAUGUGUCACAAUCACUACAGUCUACACGGAAUCAAAGAGCCAUUAGACAUAACAAAUGGCCCAAGACUUAGAUCGGCUAAUAUGCUUGAGAGUUGAGAGUGAUAACAAAAAGGCAUCUAUCCACUUGAAAGUUGAAACACUUCCUAUAUGCUUCACAAGUCAUCACCAAUCCACACACAUAAUCACAAGAUUCUUCGUCCCAAUGGCAAAGAAAUCAACUUUGCCAUCGAAAAGUGAUAUGGACUCAACCCAUAAAAGGGAAACUCAUGGGUAAAAGUGAGACCAUGCAUAGUCCUGUGAGAUUCUGAACCGCAACUCAGGUGAUAAACCUACCCAACCUAUACGAUAUAGCCUUGUCACUAGAUAAACUUAUGGAGCCCCACAGUCGAAAGAAUCCGUUCUCAUACGUUACGUCACACAAGUAAGAAACAUUUCAACUCCAUUCAAACCAAAUACG